CACACUGGCAAAAGGAGCAGCGGUGAUAAAAGAGAAAAAGCCAAGUUUAAAUACAAUUUUCCCGAUUUAUAUUGCAACUGGAAUGCACUUCACGUUGAGCAUUGUACCGCACACCGACUUCCAAUGUUCGCGAACGCCCAAAACCCGCGUUGUAUGCAGAAAGCACGCUGAAAUGUAGAAACCCACGAGCAGCCGCCGCAGCAGCAAUAACAAAAGCAAAAGUGAAAUUAUUGCCGCGGGAGAUUCGCAAGUGGCCAAAACAAACGGCGGCGUAAUGGAGAACCUCAAAAUAAGUGAUAAACUGUUCGAGGAUGUGAUUUACUGUGUGCUGGGGAAUCUAGAUGAAGAGAUCGAGCGAUUCCUCAAGAGUGGUGGUGCGCAGUCGAGACUGUUUGUGUCGGACCAGGUAACGCAUAUGAUAUGUGCCAGCAACUACUCUGAGGAGGAGCUUUCCAUGAACCUCGAUCUGUACACCGCUAUCCCGGUGACGGAGCAAUGGAUCGUGCACAGCGCCAAACUGGGCCGAAUGGCAUCGACGCGAGCCUUCGAUCCGAGUCCCAAUCAGUUGCGUCUCAUGCGCGGAAUUCGGGCGGCCAUCACGAAUGUCGUCGCCGGGGAUCGAAGGCGUCUCUACGCCAUGUUGACUUACCACGGAGCCGUCGUCACGCACAGCUUUGGAGCCACCAACACGCAUCUGGUAUGCGGAGCAGCCAACGGUGGCAUCUACAACAAGGCGCUGGCGCUGCCAAAGAAUGCCAUCAUCAUUGUGACACCCGACUGGGUGACCGAUAGCCUUAAGUAUAAGAACUGCAUGCCAGUUGAGACGUAUCAUCCCAGGCUGCUGAAGCCCAUCGAAAAACAGCGAACGCAGAAGCAGCAGGCCACACAACAACAACAAAUCCAGCAGCAGCAGUUACAACAACAACAGCAGCUUCAACAAGUACAACAACAACAAAUCCAGCAGCAGCAGUUACAACAACAGCAGCAGCAACAACAACCACAGCAAAUCAUUCAGCAGCAAGCAGCUCCUUCAUCCACUCUGUCAGACAUUCUGGGCUUUGGCGAGGACAGUGCGGCUGCCAAGAGCAUCGCCAGCAUAAAGUCGCAGCUCCAAGCCUCAGCCGAACAAAUCCAGCAGCAACAACUCCCCGUUCCCGCCCAGCAGCAGGUGGUCUUUGUGCGGCCCCAGCCACAAGCGCAGCAGCCGGCGCAGCAAGCGCCGCUUCAACUCCAACAAGGCGGCCCGCAGGCACCUGCUCCACCGCCGCACCCGCAGCAUCAACAGCAGUUGAUAAUUCAGCAGCAGAAAAUUAUCCCCGCCAAUCUGCAACAGCAACCUCAGAAUCAGCAGCAGAUCAAAAACAUCCUCCAGCAGCAGAGGCAGAUGAAAAGCACGCAACAGCAGCAGCAGCAACAGCAGUCGCAGCAACAGCAGCAAAUGCAAAUGAUUCAGCAGCAUCAACAACAACAACAACAACUCAUGCAGGAGCAACAGACGCAUCCACAGACGCAUCCCCAACAGCUUGCACAGCAUCCUCAGCAGCUGCAACAGCAACAGCAGUCGCCCAGACUACCAACAACUCCUACGGGUCGACAGACGCCGAGAACACCAACAACACCGCAGCCCGUGCAGUCGCCGCAGCACCAUCAGCAGAUAGUCCAGCAGCAGCAGGUGCAGGUUCAACAGCAACAAGUGGGUCAGCAGCAGACCAUUGUGCAGCAGCAACAAAUAGUUCAGCAGCAGCAGCAACCGCAACAACAGUCUGUGCCUGUUUCGCCGCAAAUCAUUCACCAACACCUGAUGAGGCAACAACAGAUUCUGAACCAAAAUCAAAUGCAACUCCAACAAAUCGUUCAGAGCGGUCAAGCGCUGACACCUCAGCAGCAGCAGCAGCAGAGGCAAAUUCAGCAACAGCUACAACAAAUAAUGCAGCAACAGCAACAAUUGCAGAUGCAAAUGCAACAGCAGCAGCAACAACAGCAGAAUUUGCAACAGCAACAGUCGCCGCGCAUGGUUCAAAAUCGUUCGCCGGUGAUGCCACCCAGUACACCUUCGCCGUCCUUGCAGCAGCAACAGCACCAUGCUACCAGCAACAUGUUGCCACCACAGUCACCACGCCAGCUGCAAUCGCCCGCUCCCCAAAUGACUCCGCCACCACCGCCCUCGCCGCAAAGCGCCCAACAGCAACAUUUACGCCAGCAGCAACAGCAAAUGCAAAGUCGCCAGCAGCACAUGAUGGGCUCUCCGCAGCAACCUCAGCCGCCGUCGAUGAUGUCGCCCCAACAACAAAUGCAGCCUUUCCAGCAGCCCGUCCAUCAGCAGCAGCGCAUGCAAAUGCAACAGCAACAACAAUUGGCCCAACAACAGCAGCAGCAGCAACAACAACAAAGCCCUCAGCACAUCUCGCCGCAGUCCCCUCAGAUUUCGCAAACACCACCGAUGCAGGCCAAGCUGCAUCAGCAUCAGACUGUUCAGGGACUUUCCGCCCAGCAGCAGCAAUCCUUCUCCCAGCAGAAACCCAUCGACCCAACGGAUCCCGUCCAGGUGGCACAGGUGCUGAGUCGCUCGGCGUUGAGCAGUAACCAGGACUCGUUAAUUAUGAGACAACAGCAGUUAAAGCAGCAACAGCAGAUGCAACAGCAGCAGCAAAUUGCACCACAACCGCAGCAGCAGCAGCAGCAAAUAGUGCAACAACCGCAGCAACCACAACCACAACAGCAGCCGCAACACCAUCAGCAACCACAGCAGCAGCACACUCCGUCGCCGAGACAAUCUCCGCUGCAGCAACAACCUACUACACCUACCUUACAACAACAGCCACAACAACAAAAUCUUCAGCAAAUUCAGCAACAACAACAACAACAGCAACAAGUGCUCACACAGCAGCAACCUCAGCCUGGACAACAGCAACAAGUCAUAACACAGCGCCACGUGAUAAACACAUCUACGGCCCAAGGACAACAAAUUAUUCAGAGUCAUAUGUCCUUAGCUCUGCAGAAACAGCAACAAAUGUUGCACGUUCAACAACAAAAUCAACAGCAGCAGCCACAACAACAACAACAACAGCAGCUUACUCAGGCACAGCCACAACUUCCCCAAAAUCAGCAGCAACUACAACAACAACAACAACAGCAGCAGCAGUUACCACAGCAACACCCGCAACAGCAACAAGUUCAAUUUACACAACAGCAGCAAAUCGCACUUGGAGGUGGUGGUCAAGUGCGCAUAAUUCAGCAAACGAUUCAACGGCCGCCAACCAACGUGCAACAACCGCAGCAAGUUCCACAACAACAACAACAGAUUAUUGGUCAAUUUCCACAACAACAGCAACUUCAACAACAACCACAGCAGCAAAUCCCUGGAGUUCAGCAGCCACAGCAGCAGCAACAACAGAAAACAUUUAUUAUUAGUCAGCAGCACUUUAAUCAGUUAAGUGUGCAACAGCAACAGCAAAUUCUUGCCCAAAAUCCGCAGAGUCAAAACGUUUAUGUUGUUAACCAACCGCAACAAAUGUUGCAGCAGCAACAGAUUAUACAACAGCAACGGAUGCCAAUGCCGCAGCAGCCACAACAGAUUGUUGUGAACCAGCAGAUUCUGAGCGAUCCACAGCGCCUGCAGUACCUACAACAGCAGCAGUUGAUGCAAAAACAACAGCAGCAGCAGCAGCAACAACAACAGCAGCAGCAACAUCAACAGAUUGUGGGACAGCAGCAGAUUUUGCAACAAAAACUUCCCAACGAUCCGCAACAGCAGCAGCAGCAAAUAAUGCAGCUCAUUACGCAGCAGCAACUGCCGCAACGAACGCCGCCUCCGCAACAGCAGCAACAACAGCUUCUGAUGCAGCAACAACAGCAAUCGCCGCAACAUCAUCAGCAAAUGCAGCAACCACAUUGGUCGCCACAAAGCCCGGCUGGCGGUCAAAUGGCGCCUAGCACUCCGGGAACGCCUACCAGUAGUGUGGGAAUGCAAUCUCCGUUGCCCGGCGGACCUACAACGCCACAGCAGCAGCAACAACAACAGCAGCAGCAGCAGCAACAACAACCGCAACAGCAAUUUGUUCCCCGUGGACUGCGUCCGCAAACCUCGUGGCCCGGUCAGCCUCAGCAACCUCAGCCUCCCCAGCACCCACAACAAAUCGUGCUACCGCCACCCCAACAACAACAACAACAACAGGCGCAGGUGGGGCAACAACAACAACUGGUGUUGCAACAGCAGCCACAGCAACAAAAAAUCGUCGUGGAUGAAAAGACGCACGCGCAUAUCAUGUCCCUCGAGGCGCAUAAACGAGCCGAGUACAUCAACAAGUUAAAUGCGCAAAAUAAACCGCGUGUAAUGCUUCGCCAGCAAGUUGCCUAUCAGCCGCGUCCCGGGACACCGGGCAACAUAGUCGCCACAAGACCAGCCGGUCCAGUUCCGCCCGGGCACAUUAUUGUCCAACAGCAACAAUUGACGCAGCAGCAGCAGGUGGUUUGGCUGCAGCAACAGCAGGGAAAACGUCAGGUGGUGGUGCGCACGGGAACUCCCGGUCUGAGUCCGAUUCAGCAGCAGCAGCAACAACAGGGAGUGGGACCGCCACAGCAGCAACAGUCGCCGCAGCAGCAGCCCUUCAAUCCAAAUGAUCCCAACCAGCAAAUGUUGAUGCAGCGCCAGCAGUUGCGCGUCCAGCAGAUUCCCAUUCAGCAGCAGGGACCUCAGCAGUUGGGCAAGCAAACGGUGCAGCUUAUCACUGGACCCAACGGUCAGCUGAUCGAACAACAGACGAUUGUCCAGCAGCCGCAGCAGUUGUCCACACCGGGAACGCCCACAACUCCGGGUGCUGGGGGUGUUCUCCCUGGAAAUGCCAACAUAAUGACACAAACCCUUGUCAUGACUUCAACAACUCCUGAUGGACAACCGCAGCAAACACCCCAGCAGAUGAACUUGAAGACGAAGACAGCUCUGGCCAACAUGCUGAGCAAUCGCUUGGGAAACAAUGGAGCUCAGACGCCACAGCAGCAGCUAAUUCAACUCCCCGACGGUCAGACUCAGCAGCAGCCGCAACAGCAGCAGAUUGUGCAGCAGGUGGUGGUGACCGGAGCCAUUCAGCAACAGCAACAACAGUUGCUACUCCAGCAGCAGCAGCAGCAGCAACAGAUGGUGGUGCAACAACAACUGCCGCAGCAGCAACAUGUGGAGCCACCCUCGGCGGCUGGCGCUCUCAGAAUGAUGGGGCAGCAGCAUAAUGCAUCCGUCGGCGUACCCGGUCCACCCAGAACUCAGCAGGAGUUGAUGAUGCUGCAGCAACAGCAACAACAACAACAGCAGCAGCAACAAAUUUUGCAACAACAGCAAAUGCGCCGAGUUGUGACUGUAUCGCAACAGCAGCAGGCACCGCAGCAACACCUCGUCCAGCAGCAGAUUGUGGUCGCUCCCCCACAGUCACCGCAGCAGCAACAACAAAUGGCUGUGGGUGUGGGCGUGGGAGUGCCAGUACAGCGAACCCCGCACGGAUACAUUCAGACCCGACCCGGACAGCCGCCGAUACCGAUGCCGCAGUUUUACGGCCAUAAUCCGAACCUGAAACUGCCCGCCGAUCUAUUUCUGGUGGGCUGUACGUUCUACAUCGUGGAAUAUGACGAAACGGACAGCGAUGAGCUUCCCAUUUGGCUCGAUACAAUCAGGCAAUUUGGAGGCGACAUCGAACGCGUUUACUGCCCGCGGGUGACGCACGUAAUAUGUCGUACCCAGCGACAUGGCGUGGUGAUGCAGGCACUCCGGGAUGCCAAGCGCUGCGUCACCGCUUACUGGCUGAGUGAUAUUUGCCUCAAGCGGCAGCUGAUGCCUCCUUGGCAGCCGCUUCACCUACCAUUCCCAAGUCAGUUUGGCUACCGCAAGCCGUUGGAACGCUACAUCAUCACCUCCGAGGGAUUCGAGGGCGAGGAGGUGGUCAGGCUGCAGCAGAUGGCAGAGGAGUGCGGAGCCAUCUACACCUCUUACCUGUCCAAGGUGAACACCGUGGUCGUGUGCAAGCAGCUCGAGGGCAACAAGUUCAAUGCGGCGAAAGAAUGGAACAUACCGAUGGUGAAUGCCCUUUGGCUGAGCGACGUCUGCAUUGGCAACCUGAGCGGCCUUUCCCACUACGACAAUCCUAAGUACCAACAGUACAAUCUAGUCGCUCCAUUCCGCAUCGAAUGCAACUUGGUGGCGCACCUGUUGACUGCUUGGAAGGCGCCCAUCAAUCUCACUCAGGAGGCGCACGAGCGAGUUAAGCGACACCUUUCCGAUCCCUACAGCAACGAGCACAAAAUCAAGCGCCAGAAGAUGAACUCGUUCCAGCAGGAACAGUUGCCCGACCAAAUUGUCUGCGUCGAAUAUCCAACAACCACCAAACCGCCGAAGGUGAUUUUCUCACAAGUCGCAGAUGCCGAGGCACUUAAAAAUGCUGUGAUGAUUUUGGGUGGAAUUGUAGUAGACAGCCCCGCAGAUGCCACUCACCUGGUUAUGACACGCGAGAGUCGCACUUGCAAGCUAAUUCAGGCCUGCUGUCAUGUGGACUUUGUGCUCAAGUCCAGCUGGAUAGCGGAUAGUGCCAAAGCUGGAAAAUUCGUGCCGACCGAUGCAUAUCGCAUACAGCACAUUCCGGUGGAUGAGAACCUACAGUUCAAUCUGAACACUGUCCUGUGCGCGCCCACUCGUUCCACACUCUUUGCGGGUAAAUACUUCCAUGUGACGCCAGACGUGUUUCCGGCUCGCGAGGAAAUUAUUCGAAUGAUCGAAUCGUCCGGCGGUAAAGUGGAGCCAAAGCGGAGAAGCGGUGCAGCUGUGGCGGAAUCGCACAUUCAGUCACCCGACUCCUACAUCAUCGUCACCUGUCCCACGGACAUGCAUCUCUGUGCGGAUCUCACGCGGCACGGCAACCCAAAGUGUCACAUUGUGUCCACAGAGUUCGUCAUGAGCUCAAUACUCAGGCAACAACUGGAAAUCGAGCCCAACCUGAUACCCUACUUGUAUAACAACAACAAUGUCAAUAGCUGCAACAGUAACAAGUCCUAGCGCCGAGUGUUCUGGUUAUUGUAGAGCUGAAAUGAGGCCCAAUCACUCAGGAAUCAAUCACUCCAUAGUCACUAAAGAAUUUAUGCGAGCUGUUAUAUAAGUCCGAAUGACCGAGAGACAAUCGAGUCUCUUCAAUUCAGUUAUUUGUAGCCUGCCGCAACGUCUUAUGACAAACUAUCACAAAACUAGUCGAGACAAUUCGACAUCGAAAGAGUUGUAAUGUCUUGGGUAUCGGUCAAUAACAUCCCUCUUUAAUUUUUUUAUAGUCCCUCGCACCAACUCACUUUAAAUUGUAAAUAUUCUUAAAUAUAGGAGAAUGAUUAUCUCUCAUUCAAUAUGUCAAUAAUAUAAGAUGAGAUUUCAUAUAAAAACAAAGAGCUGUCCAUCUAUCAUUGCUGAUGAUCACUGCUGUGGACCAUAUUUAUUUUUCGGUUUGCAUAAUUGUUAAAGAUAACAAUAAAUUCGCAAUAUUUACACGGCUCCUGGUAAAGCAUAUUUUUUUGAAUAAAUAGUUUGUUCAUGGUUUAAAUGUUGCCCUACCGAUCUGUAUAGAACUUUAUGUAGCACGUACAAAAAGAACUCCCUUAAUUAAAUUUAGGAUGCAAUUUUCAUACAAUCACCUUAUAUAUUUUUGUAGGUUCAGGAACCAUUAACUUUAAGAAGUCACACUUAUAUACAAAUAUACACAUGCAUAUAUUGCCUAGAGUAUACGAAAUGUUUCAGAGAAAUUGAUAUUGUCGGCUAUUAGUAUUUAAGUACUUUUCACGUAGGUAAAGCCAAUAUUAAUAUUAAUCCUAGUUAGGCACUUUACAAAAUGUAUGAAAUAAAAU